GCUGGUGCUGAUGCAGACAGACAGAAGCAUCCUACCGGACAUAAACCACAGGACGUGUUUGAAAGUGAUGCUUUGACGUUCGAAGGGCUUCCUGAGACCCGCGCCACUGCCAUGGUGGUGCGCUCUGACCUGUGGGGUACGGCUCAGCCGGUGUUUGAGUCCUGGCCCGCAGGCGGUGGCAGUCCUGUGGAGGAGCUGGAUGUGAGGAGUUUCCUGAGCUCACUGAUGGAGGAGAACAGCACAGCGGAGAGAUGUUAUCGCUCUCACUCCCGCAGCAGUGUCCUGCAGGGCCUGCCUUUCGGAGGAGUCCCCACCGUCCUCGCCAUCAACGUUGUUCUGUGGCUGUUCCUGCUUCUGAUCUUCUCCUGUUUGAGGAAGGCAGCAUGGGACUACGGCCGCCUGGCUCUGCUUAUGGAAAAUGACAGCUUGACAUCACUAUUCUAUGGAGAACAAAGUGAGAAAGAGAAAACCCCGUCAGAAUCCAGCCCAUCAGACUCAGAGACCAAGGACAUGGGCUUCUGUUCCUGGCUCACAUCUCUGUACCACAUGAAGGAUGAAGAGAUCCGCAGUAAAUGUGGCAUCGAUGCGAUCACGUACCUGUCUUUCCAGCGUCACAUCAUCCUGCUCAUGAUGGUGGUGUGUUUGCUGUCGCUCACCAUCAUCUUGCCUGUCAACCUCUCUGGGAACCUCCUCGGAGAUAGCCCACAGAAUUUCGGCCGAACAACAGUGGUUAAUGUCCCCGCACAGAAUAUAUUUCUGUGGCUGCACAGCAUCUUUGCUCUGCUGUAUUUUGUGAUCACAGUACUGUGCAUGGCCCAUCAUUCCUCACGACUGGAAUACAGAAAUGAUGAGAAGGUGGCCAGAACUCUAAUGAUAACUUCAAUUCCCAGAGAAAUCUCUGAUCCCGGCCUGAUCACCAAACACCUGCAUGAAGCAUACCCUAGCUGCACCGUCACUGAUAUCCGGUUCUGCUUUGAUGUACAAAAACUAAUGAAGCUGGACUCAGAAAGGCGAAAAGCAAUGAAAGGAAGGCUGUACUUCACAACCAAAGCUCAGAAGGAAGGCAGGAUCAUGAUAAAGACUCACCCUUGUGCACAGAUCUUCUGCUGUGAUUUAUGUGGCUUUGAACAGGUGGAUGCAGAGCAGUAUUACAGUGAACUGGAGGAGAAACUGACAGAUGAGUUUAAUGCAGAGAAGAACCGUAUCUCUAUGAAGAGGCUGGGCAUUGCCUUUGUUACCUUCAGAGAUGAGAGAAUGACUGCCGUUAUUGUGAAAGACUACAGCCGAGCUCGCUGCCGCCACAGACCCCAGCAGUCCAGCAUUACCACAGUGGUGCGGUCCCAUCAGUGGGGCGUUUCUUACGCCCCGGCCCCUAAUGACAUCAUCUGGGAAAAUCUGUCAGUGUGCGGUUCUCGCUGGUGGCUCCGCUGCGUCCUGCUCAACAUUCUGCUCUUCCUCUUGCUCUUCUUUCUCACAACCCCUGCUAUCAUCGUAAACACUAUGGACAAGUUCAACGUAACUCGGCCGGUUGAAAGCUUAAGGAACCCAGUAAUUACCCAGUUCUUCCCCACCCUGCUCCUGUGGGCCUUUUCCAUUCUCCUGCCCUUCAUUGUGUACUAUUCAUCUUUUUUUGAGUACCACUGGACCAGGUCCGGUGAGAAUCAGGUCACCAUGCAUAAAUGCUUUUUACUGCUUGUCUUCAUGGUAAUCAUUCUACCGUCACUGGGUCUAUCCAGCCUGGAUUUGUUCUUCAGGUGGCUCUUUGACAUCCACUUCCUGGAUGAAACAGAUGUAAAGUUUCAAUGUGUGUUUUUGCCUGAUAAUGGAGCUUUUUUUGUGAACUACGUGAUCACGUCCAGUCUGAUCGGAACGGCUAUGGAGCUUCUGCGUAUUCCUGCUCUUCUGGUGUACUCUCUACGCCUUUGCUUUGCCAAAUCUAAAGCUGAACGCAUACAUGUUAAAAGAAGUCAGGCCUACGAGUUUCAGUUUGGUCUUGAAUAUGCCUGGACCAUGUGCAUAUUUUCAGUCAGUAUGACCUACAGCAUCACCUGCCCCAUCAUUGUACCAUUUGGGUUGCUGUACCUUGUACUGAAGCAUAUGGUAGAUCGCUAUAAUAUCUACUAUGCCUAUUUACCCACAAAGCUCAGCCAGCGGAUCCAUUCGGCCGCCAUCAGUCAAGUGGUGGUGGCGCCCAUUCUCUGCAUGUUCUGGCUGCUGUUCUUCUCUGUGCUCAGACUGGGUCCAGUGCAGCCCAUCAGUCUGUUCACUUUCAUAACUCUCUUGUGCUGUAUUGCCUUCUCCUGCUUUGGCUUCUGUCUGAAAAAACUACGACCUGACAGAUCAACAAGCUAUCAGAUGUCCGAUCAGACGAGAGAAGGAGGCUUCACUGAUGCGGAAAGAAGCACCGUUUCCACCACAACCACAGCUAAUCUUUUUAUAGCCUCUGUCUUGCUGGAGCCAGAGCUGGGCCUGACUCCCAUGCCCUCUCCGGCCCACCAGAGCUACGGCACCAUGGGGAACAACCAGAGUUCAGUGCAUGACGCCGAAGGGGUGGAGGAGAAGGAUCUGGAGGAAACUUUGGAGACUGAACUCAAGGAUGAGCCAAAUCCCAGCUGCCCGAGCCCUCUCAUGGACAGUCCUGUGGGUUUCCAGUGACCAACCUGCCCCCGGUUCCCACUCCCUAACGCUCAAGCCCCAUGCCUCAUCUUAGCUAGUGGCUGAUAAAGAGGCACUAUGCUGCAAAAUGUUUCCUCUACAACCUCCAUUUACGAGUAAAAGACAACAAAUUGCAGACAUCCAAGCAAACUGCUUCAAAAAGCUUGUUGGGAAUUCACUGACAUGGUGGUUUUAGUUCUGAGGACUUUGAUGAGCUUUCAAGGAAGUAUCUGAAGUGGAUAAAAGCAAAGAUCUGUCAAAGAACGAGACCAGACACUUCUUUUGCUCGGACUACACUUUCUACUUUCUUCUGUGUUUUUCUUUUCUCUCUAAUGACGUUAAUGGGUGUCUGGUGGGUUGGUUGACUGAGGCUUGGAACAUUGUAUUUCAACAGAUGUUUCAAUUUUCUUUUUUUAUGCAUAGUCACAGUUUAUAGCUCCAAAGAGUUGAGACAUCCAAAUCUUAUUCGCUUAUUAUUAAUCCUCUUGCUGUUGUUGCAGUUUGUGCUUAUUAUUGUUAUUUUUAUUCAGUACUUGUAUUUUAGCAAUGGUACGUAAUUGUGCAACAUUAUGCUGAGAGCGCAUUGUUUUCAUGUGUUUACUAUUAUUAGAUUAUUAUUACUGUUAUUAACACCCUCAACCUU